AUGAAUAAAUGGGCACCGACCAUGAACAAGGGCAAUCAAUAUUGUCCACAUGGCAUAUGUAGCUGUUAUAAUGUCAUUCAGCUUUGGCCCAUUAAAGUGUCAGUAUCAGCGAUUGAACGCCAGUACUUAGUCCAGCAUGUCUCAUUUGAGCUAAGGAUGUCGCGAGUGCCAGCAUCUCCAAACUCGGCCUCAGCUAUCAAUCCAAUGUUCCACUCACUGUCCCUCUCUUCCCUAUUCCUUGAUUUCUUUUCUUAUUUCCCUUCUCUUUAUUUCCCUUCUCUUCUACGCAAAGAGACGCGCCACUGCUUCUGUUGUCGACAACUCUUCUGUCUCAGGCUCAGACGGCUCCUGCUCUUUUUCUGGCUCCUUCUUUGGCUCCCGCACAUAGGCGCGGGUGGUGGGCGCCUCCCAUUCCUGGCCCCAUUUGGGGUCGCCCAAGGCGGCGCGGAUUUUCGCCAACGCGAGCGAUUUCCGCUGCGCCUGGCGCAACUGGGCGCGAAGCUCGCUGCUGGGCCGCCGCGUGUGCAUGAAAUUGCAGUGGUCGCCGCGCGAGCACUGGUUGUUGUCGUAGGCGCGGCAGUUUGCUUCGGCGAAAUUCGAAACGGGCGACAACUCGCAGUAGACCGGGCGCCCGCCGUACCACUCUUGGUUCAACUGGGCCACGGCCUUGUCGGCGCUCUGCGUGUCGCUAUAGCGCACAUACACGUUGCCGCAGAGAUGGAAGUUUUCGUUUUCACACACCACCAUCUGCUCAAUUUCGCCGCUCUGGGCGGCGUGGGUGUAAAUGUCGGCGUAGAACUGGUCAAACGAUUCGGGCGACACUUUGUUCUUUUCGGCGCUUUGCGUGUACAAGUUGGCAAGAAGCACGGUUUUCGACUCUGUGGGUCGGAUGUGCUUUCUCGAGCACUUAUCGCCAUGGCGACAGGCGCCGAUUUUCUGGUAGAAUGUGCAUAUGGCCUGGGAAUCCAUGGAGAAGAGAUGGAGUAG